AUGCCGGAGUGCGUCGGGGAGCUCUUCACGGCCGUCAAAGGCCAGGGCUCCUACCUCAACGGGGUCCGCGUUCACGUCAACCCACAGGCGACGCUGCGGACGGCGCUGGUGGUGGUGAAUCUUCCCCCCGUGGUGCGGCUCUCCGAGCAGGAAAAAAAGAAGCCGCUCUACGUCAGGGAUGAGAUCCGCGCGGCAAAACAGGAGGCAGCGAUUGACGCUAUUCUGAAUAUUCGCGGCCGCAUGUCGCGUGAUCAUCUGCCAGGGGUGCGUGCCUACGGUUCCUGUGCGGUGACCCUCUCCCAGAUCGCCGCCGGGCGCGUGGAUGGUUAUAUGGAUCCAGCCAGCAUGGCUUGGGAUGUGUGUGCGGGGGCUCUGCUCAUAACCGAGGCGGGCGGGGUUGUGACGAACCUGUACGGGAUGCCGUUUGAUAUGACGCGCGAUACAAGCAUCGUCGCCGGGGCGAAUGAAGUGAUGGUGGACUACUUCACACAACUAUCCAAGGAACAUUCUGUAGGAAAGUACUGGCUGAUUGAGUAG